ACAAGGUCUUGCACAAGCGACACAAGCGACGGCCGAGGGGGCCCCUACAUUACGACACUACGGCGGUUCUCCGACACUGCUACACUACUGUACACUAAUUUGCCCAGCUCGAGAAUCAGUCGGGCAUGGGUCUGUGUACGGGACUGGACUGGCUCCGAGCAGUGCUUCAUAUCGCGGCCCAUCCGGGCGUCGAGGGCCGUCCAGAAUUAGAAAGGCCUAGUGGCUGCGCCAUGAUGGGUGGUGUGGGCGGACGAUACCAGGACACCACCGGGCCUCCACUACACGAGCCAGGGCCAGGCAGGGUCAGCCAGGGCCAACCUAGCCCAGGCCGCAUCUGAUGUUUCCCUUGCCCCAGACAUGGUUGGACAGGGGUCUGGGGGACUCUGCCGUCUGGCCCGCCGGGUGGGAUGCGGAUGUGGAUAUGGACGUGGUGGAUGUGGAUCGUGGUGGAUGGCCCUGCGUACCCACCCACCAACCCUGGCGCCGUCGAGUGAGACAGGACGUGGAGGCGACGGAGGGUUUUCCAUCUGCCUAUCGAGCCCUCUGCGUCGACCCGUGGGCGU